AUCUGGUAGAUGAGUUGCCCAACUAUAUAAGUUAGUUGAACUCGGUCAUUUAGCAUCCAGCGGAUUCCAUCCGGUUCUUUUGUGGCUCUUUCGCUCUGAUCCAAAGCACGCUCAAACAUGGCCGAGGCAGAGGAGACUAUGAAAAAGAAGAGGGCCUUCAGGAAAUUUACUUUCCGGGGUGUGGAUCUAGAUCAACUUCUAGACAUGCCGAAUGAGCAGUUAAUGGAACUUAUGCAUGCUCGGGCUCGGCGACGAUUCUCUCAUGGAUUAAAGCGUAAACCAAUGGCACUGGUUAAGAAGCUCAGAAAGGCGAAGAAGGAAGCGCCGCUCAAUGAAAAACCUGAAAUUGUCAAGACACAGCUGCGUAAUAUGAUCAUUGUUCCAGAGAUGGUAGGAUCUAUCGUCGGAGUAUACAAUGGAAAGUCUUUCAAUCAGGUUGAAAUUAAACCUGAAAUGAUUGGCCAUUAUCUGGGAGAAUUCUCUGUCACUUACAAGCCUGUAAAGCAUGGAAGACCGGGUAUUGGUGCCACUCAUUCAUCACGGUUCAUUCCUCUGAAGUAAUUGAUAAUAAAGUCAAAUUAAACGAAUGAAUUGUA